AUGGUUCUUGUCCUCAAAAGUGUUAGAUUCUUCAAACGAUUCUCGACUUCAGCGACUCCAUCGACAUUAUCUGCUUCUGAUUGGAAAACCCAAUUGAAACUUUCCCGAUUAGCCACCGAAAUCUCUUCGAUUCUCUUACAACGUCGCGAUUGGACCACUCAUGUUCGAGAUGUUAAACCGAAACUCCCUAAGUCGACACUUACACCUCCGAUAUUCCUCCAGAUCCUCCGUGAAACUCGAGAUUCCCCAAAAACCACACUUGAUUUCUUCGAUUGGGCUAAAACCCAUCUCCGGUUUGAGCCGGAUCUUAAGUCUCAUUGUCGGGUAAUCGAAGUUGCUACCGAAUCAGGUCUCUUGGAACGAGCAGGAACACUCUUGCUUCCUCUUGUUGAAACCCAUUCAGCUUCUAUAGUUAUAGGAUCGAUGCAUAGGUGGUUUGAAGGUGAAGUUUCACUCUCUGUCUCGCUUAGUUUAGUUCUUGAGUGUUAUGUCUUAAAGGGUAGUUACCAAAACGGCUUGGAUGUGUUUGGUUCGAUGAGAAGUUUGAGACUUUCGCCUUCUCUUCGUGCUUAUAACUCUCUUCUUGAUUCUCUGGUUAAAGAGAGUCAGUAUAGAGUGGCUUUGUGUUUGUAUAGUGCCAUGGUUCGAAACCGGGUUGUGUCUGAUGGGUUAACUUGGGAUUUGGUUGCACAGAUUUUGUGUGGACAGGGAAAAUCCAAGAGUGUUGUUAAAUUGAUGGGAACUGGUGUUAAAAGCUGCAAGAUUUACGCCAAUCUUGUGGAAUGUUAUAGCAGGAAUGGGGAAUUCGAUGCAGUGUUUAGUGUGAUUCAUGAGAUGGAUGACAAGAAACUAGAGCUGAGUUUCUGCUCUUACGGUUGUGUAUUGGAUGAUGCGUGUAGAUUGGGAGAUGCUGAGUCGAUCGAUAAGGUUCUUAGUUUAAUGGAGGAGAAAAAGUUUCUUACUUUAGGUGAAUCGCCCGUGAAUGAUCAGAUUAUCGAAAGGCUCUGCGAUAUGGGGAAAACGUUUGCCUCUGAGAUGCUUUUCCGUAAAGCAGGUAACGGUGGAUCAGCGAGAUUGCAGGAUGGGACAUAUGGCUGUAUGUUAAAAGCUUUGUCUCGAAACGGGAGAACAAAAGAAGCUGUUGAUGCAUAUCGAUUGAUUUGUCGAAAAGGUAUUACGGUACUGGAUGAGAGUUGUUAUAAUGAAUUCGCAAAUGCUCUUUGCGAAGAUCAGAAUAGCUCAGAUGAAGAAGAGGAGUUACUGCUUGUAGAUGUUGUAAAGCGCGGUUUUGUUCCUUGUACACACAAAUUAUCAGAAGUUUUAGCAACUCUGUGUCGGAGCAAAAGAUGGAAGCAGGCAGAGAUGCUUCUUGAUUCGGUUAUGGAAAUGGAAGUUUAUUUCGAUUCCUUUUCGUGCGGGUUAUUGAUGGAACGGUACUGCAGAAGCGGGAAGUUAGACAAAGCGAUGGAACUACAUGAAAAGAUAAAGAAGAUGAAAGGAAGUUUAGAUGUGAAUGCUUAUAACGCGGUUCUUGAUCGGCUUAUGAUGAAGCAAAACAAGAUGGUAGAAGAAGCCGUUGGAGUGUUCGAGUACAUGAAAGAGAUGAAUUCAGUGAACAGCAAGAGUUUUACGAUCAUGAUCCACGGGUUAUGUCGCGCAAAGGAGAUGAAGAAAGCUAUGAAAUCUCAUGAUGAAAUGUUGAAACUGGGGAUGAAACCUGAUUUAGCAACCUAUAAACGUCUAAUUUCAUGUUUCAAAUAA